UAAUACAGCGAAAUAACGGUAGCGCAGGGUAUAAAAGUUAGAGACAGAGAAGAAAAAUGAUCUGGACUAUCCAUAUCGUUGCGCUACUUUGUAGCCUCCUUGGCUUGCGACCCUGCGCUGGAGAGGUUCCGAGGCAGGGUGCUUUCAUUACUUACAGCGAAGUCAGCCGGUCAAGGGAUGAACUGGAUCCUGGCUCCAUCGCGGCUGUUGCGCUGGUUUCAACUUACGGCCAGAUUCGACUUCGUUUGCGUCGGGACUGGGCCCCAAAGGCAUGUGAGGCUAUAGCCGCCAUGGCGGUUGGCACAUCACGGGAAUGUUCCGGCUGUAGCUUUUAUCGUCAUGAGCCCGUGCCACUGAACUGGGGCGUCAACGGUUUCAGUGGCCCGCCGUAUGCGCUACUCCAGGGUGGCCUCCCCGGGAUGCUGAGCAAGGUUAAAAUGGAAAACGCGAAACUGCUACCGGUUAUAUGGGCCUGGAAGCUUGGAAUGGAGCAGGUUAUGCAAAUUGGGCGCGGCACGGCGGCCUUCAUUGGGGAUACGUCGGAUUUCUUUAUUGGCACCGCAGAUCACACGGAGUGGGGCGGGGCCUUCACGGUGUUUGCGGAGGUCGUGGCCGAGGACAUGGCAGGAGUGGUGUCUAACAUCCCUGUGGAGCCGUACCGCAACAGUACAGACUCGUACAACAUCACCACCAGAUGGCUGCUACAGUCAAUACCAUUUACGCUACAGCCGCUGCGCCUAGAUGAGCUUUCGACUGGUGCUGUGUAAGGGGUCGCUGCUGUUGCGUAAAUCAACUCAAUCGUGCUGUUCGUGACGAGAAAGACAUCUGGGGCCAGGCUGCAAUAGCUUGAAGACACAGCUGGCGCUCCAACUAAACUUCAAACUGGCCUCCCAACAGAAAGGCUUGUAGCUCUGAAAUCGGCAAAAGCCCUCUCCCAAGUGCCACGAGGCUCGGGCAGUGAACACGCGGGGAAGAUGGGGGAAGGGGCAGCACGAGAGUGCCGCAAGGCUGUUUUCAGGAAGGACCGAGCCUGGCUUGGUGUUGGCUGAGCUGAGCCCCGGGCCUUCGGCGUUCCACAAGUGAGUCGGACCCGUCCCCGCGGCAACUUGAGAUUGAGGAGGUGCUCUUGCAACGGGUUGAUAGUAGCUGUCAAGCUACACGCUAUAUCCCGGUGCUUGUUUAUAGCCUGCCUUCGGACAGAAUGCGAAUAUGGGCGUGUUUGUUCAGCUCGUUUGCUCGUUAGCGUGCAGUACAAUAUAUCUACAUUGUCAUUGACCAUGCUUGCCGUGUUCUAUCCCAUAUGCGUGCGACUUGCAUUUGUACUGUCAGAGGGGUGCAAAGUGGUCCUAAUCCUCUAAUCCAGGGGGUGGGUACCGGUCAGCAAUCCUCUAAUCUCAACAGGGGUGGACCACUUCUAAUCCCUAAUCCAGAGUGGUGGUCUAAUCCAUAUCCUAGGGUCGGGGUUCUAAUCCUAAUCCUGUGGCCGGGUCCCAAUCCCAAUCCUGGGGGGGGUCCCAAUCCUAAUCCUGGGGCCGGACCGCAAUCCUAACUCUGAGGCUGGGGUCCCAAUCCUAAUCCUCUUGGUCGUGUCGUAAUCCUUAUCGUGGAGCUGUUAUCGUGUGACUGAUUAAGCAGCCUCUCGCACAAAUGUGUCCGGUCGUACUUCGCGAAUAGAGACUCCGUACAUCUCGUCCCAAAAGUCAGGAGCGAAUUUUGCCGCGCAGAUGCGCGCGUGCGAUUCGCAAAAUGCGCCUGUACAAAUGUAUAUAAAAUUUC